UUUCAGUCCGCCUGUGACGCCAGCGACAUCCCUCCGCCCCUUCGCUUCCUCCGGGUCUUUAAUCGCGAGCUUCUAAACGUGCUCGUAGAAGCUCCUAACGUUUGUAGGGCUGCGGGGUCGCUUGUGAGCAAGACCGCCGCUUUUGGUGUGGAUUAAUCCAAAGCCGCGGCAGGCGGUUCCAAGGGGUUUUCGGACGGCUCUGGUUGCCAGCAAGCGGAGUCAAGACCGCCUGGCUUGAAGUUCCAAGAUGGCCUUGUGGAGCUUUGUUUGCGACAUAUCUCCAGAGCUGUUCAAUGGCUACAGUGAAGAGUUUCCUCACAACCUGCGUUGCUUCCUUGGAGACUGGCUGGAGAAGUACCCAUGGGAAUUCAUCACUGGGUCAGACACUUUCAACACCUACAUGGCCGACAGCCUUCUUUCUGCCAUGAUGGAGAAACUGCAAGAGUUGGCCAAUAAAAACUGCCAACCCAGCUUAAUUCUUCAGCUCACUGCUAACUUGGAGAAUGCUUAUCGGAGAGAUCCACUGCAGUUGGCAAGAACCGUGAAACAGAUUCUAGAAGCGGAGCGGGUAGUUGUUCAGAACAAGUUUCAGUGCCUGCCCCUCAGCUUCCACCGCCAACAGGAGGAACUGAAGUUUGGAUUUGAUCUGAAGCGGCUGCAGUACAAACUGCAAGAGAUCCAAGCCCUCUGUGGGAACCUGGAGAACGGCUCAAGAGCUUCUCUGCAGAUAAACACAGUGGAUCCACAAUUCUCAACACAAGGGGAACAGCAAGUGAAUGCCCUUCGUGCUCUGUUCUCAGAAGCAGCCAAAGAUCUAGAAACUACAAAAACCAGGCUGCUGAAGAGGCUUGAUAUCUGGAAGAGGCAGCAACAACUGGCCGGGAACGGAACUCCCUUCGACGAGGACUUGGCUCCGCUGCAGAAGAGGUUUGAAAGCCUGAUGGAUGUUUGUUUCAAGCUUCGCCAGCAGUUGGUAGCCCUCUCGGCUCAACUGGGCCCUGAUCUGCUGUCUUGUCUCCAGGAAUGCCUGGAGAACGUUUUCAACACUCUCAUCAAAAGUGCCUUCCUGGUGGACAAACAACCCCCUCAAGUUCUGAAGACCCAAACCAAAUUUCAAGCCACUGUCUGUUUCCUGCUGGGCUCUCAGCUGUUCAAAGUUCCGCAGACGGCCUUCUCAGUCUGUGCCAACAUCGUAACAGAGAAACAGGCAAGGGAACUGGCUGCCGGGUGUCCUGAUGCCAGCCUCAGUGAAAGCACGGGAGAAAUUGUGAACAACCUAGCCCCUCUAGAGAUCUCUGCCACAAGCGGUGCUUGCUGUGCUGUCUUUAAGAAUAUGCUUCUAAAGAAAAUCAAGCGCAGCGACCGCAAGAGCACUGAGUCUGUGACUGAAGAGAAAUGUGCUAUCCUUUUCAGUGCCCGAAUCAGCCUAGGCUCCAACAAUACCACCUUCCUGCUGCAGGCCCUUACUCUGCCCAUUGUGGUGAUCGUUCACGGCAACCAAGACAAUAAUGCUAAGGCCACAAUUUUGUGGGACAAUGCCUUUGCCACAAAAGAUCGAAUCCCCUUUGUGGUCACGGAGCGUGUCCCCUGGGGGAGCAUGUGUGAGACUCUCAACCAGAAGUUCAUGGCUGAGGUGCAGACCUCCAAAGGCCUCCUCCAGGAGCACUACUUCUUCUUGGCCCAGAAGAUCUUCAACAACAACAACGCCAGCUACAAGGACUUCCAGAACCGCUGCGUUUCUUGGUCUCAGUUCAAUAAGGAAAUCCUUCCUAACAGGGGGUUCACCUUCUGGCAGUGGUUUGAAGGCAUCCUUGACCUCACAAAGAAAUAUCUGAAGGACUACUGGUCUGAUCGGCUUAUCAUGGGUUUUGUCAGCAAGGACUAUGUCUCCAGUCGCCUGGGCAAUGCCCCAGCAGGUACCUUCCUGCUCCGUUUCAGUGAUUCCUUGAUAGGCGGCAUCAGCAUCGCUUACGUCAUCCGCUUGCCGAAUGGUUCCUGUCAAGUAGAGAACAUCCAGCCGUUCACAGCAGCAAACUUGUCAGUUCGUUCCCUUGCCGACUGUGUUCGGGAUCUGGAGGAGAUUCAGAUACUGUAUCCUAACAGGCCUAAAAAAGAGGCAUUCCGGAACUACUUUAACGAAGAGUUACCAAGGAAGACCAACAAAGAAUACAUCCCAACCCAGAUAAGGAUAACCGUGGGCACAUCUUCAGACCCGGCUCCACAAGAACAGAAUUUACACAACUCCGUGUCCAAUCUUAACAUGAGUCCUGGAAUCCCUACUGAUCUUUACCCUGGUUUGCCUCCUCCUCCUGAGAUCAAUUGGAUGUCUCAAGGAAACACUUUGCCCCUCGACUCGGUUGAUUCACACCUCUUGCUUCAGGAGUCAGAGAUGGAUAUCUGCCUGCCUGACUUAAACUGCCACGGAGUCAUGGAUUACCACAUGGCGCUGGAUCCAUUAAUUAAGGAUUCCGCAAGACCCAUAUUUAGCUUCUCCUCGCACUAUUUUGGAACGAGCUGUUUCUCAGGCAAAUCGGAUCCUGUGAUGGACAAGAGGAAGAAGAGCAAAGGGGGAGAGAAGGAUGCAACAGACUCAAAGGAGGAGGAAGAGACUUGA